UUAUUUUUUGUUGGGUCAAUUUAGUUGUGCGCCGAAUCGCACGAAACAUUUAUCGCAGUUGACGCCAUAUAUUCAUACUCCCUCUAAACCCAAACCCAGUCAACAAAACCUCCUCCAAACCUAAUAUCCUCUCCAACUAAAUUAGCACUUACUAAACUUGGCUCUGCGUUCAGUCAGCCCAAAUUUUGCCGAUUUCAAAGUAAACUGGUGAGGAUUGCAGAGGCUUUAAACAUUUUGCUUCAACAGGAUGACUAUGUGCGAUGGUUGAAAAAGAUUAUAGCAGCAUCUUAAAGGUAAACUCCGAUUUUGUAAAGGGGCGUGGAAAAGUUUGAUGGAAGAUUCUCUGAAUCAUACAGCAUAUGGUUUGAGGUGGCGAGAAACUAAGGAUUGUUUACAUGGAUCUCACAUAUAGCAUUUUGAGGAUUUCCAAAUUUUCUUUGUUUUGGAUGAUUUGAUUGAGAAGGCACCAAGCUGUUUGGGUCAUGCACCUAAAAAAGGAAGGAACACUUUUGUCUUUGAACCAUUAUCUCCCGUGUGAUGUAGAGUAUUUUACAACUGCUGGAUGGUUUAGGAACGCGAUUUCAGCAAGGGAUUCUUACGAGGAUUCUAUUGCAGAUGUCUAAGGAUCAAUCUAUAUGUAAACUGUUGGAUCUUGUUUUCAUUAUUCAUAAAGGGAAAAUCUUGUAGCCUAUGCUGGUUUUGAAGUUUGAUUAGAAAAUUUACAUCUGAGUUAUAACAGCAGAGCUAAUAUGGGGUCUCUUUGUUGUGUGGCUGCAAGGCCACAUGUAUCCCAAAGAGGCUGUGGGGAAUGGUCUGUUGGUCCUAAUGAAUCCCACUGUCGGACAACUGGUAGUUUCUCACCCCCUCUGUCGAGAAGAUGGGAUUAUAGGUUCCAUCCCGAGGCAGUGUCCUCUGGCUCACAUGGACUGCAGUUCUAUGAAUCUUCAAUGUCUUCAACUAGCAAAAGAAGCAGAAGCAGGAUGAGUAGUGGUCGUAGUUCAAACCACCAGUAUUCUGCAUCGGAUGACAGUGUCUCUAAUUUUAGCAGUCCAUCUGACAGUUUCCAUGCACAACGGUUGGAUGCCCUGGCACAAGGUGUCAAUCUUGGGGAGUUUGUUUCUGCUACCAUGUCAGAACCAAGAUCCGAGCCUAUGUCAGUAUCACUAUCAGAGGAGGGAUGCCCAGUGGAAGAAACAUCUACAAUUCAUUUUGGUGUAGAAUCCUCUUCCUCUUAUUCGGAUGCUGGAGAUUCAGAGCAAAGUUGCAUAGUAUAUAUACCUUCAUCUCGUCAUAGCUAUUCCGGACAGUAUCCUUUUGUGUCAAAGCCUGUUCAUCCAAUAAUAUAUACAGGAGAAACCUCAGAUGGUGAUAUUCCGUCAAAUGCAAAGCAUGGUAGCUGCAGUCUAAUAUCAGCAGAAGGCAGGAAUUCAUCUCGCUGGCAUAACAGCAAUGUUCAUUCUCCUGGUAAUAAAUCAUUUGUUGGCUUUUCUGAAAAUGGUUCAACGCAUGGUUUUGCAGAUUAUGGUUCAUCUUCUCAAAGAUCACAAUUUGGGCGGAAUAGUACGAGCAGUCUUGAUUUUGUAUGGCAUCAAGAAAGUCCCGAUCAAGCAGGAAAUAUUGAUAGAGACAAUCCAAAAUUGUCAGGUACUUCUUAUGAAGACCAAAGAUGUGCAUUAUGUGAAAAAUGGCUGUUCCAAAAGUCACCAUGGGGUUCCCACAGGAUGGUCAGAAGUACUGAUAUGCCUGUGGCAGGGGUGUUGUCUUGUAGCCAUGUUUAUCAUGCAGAAUGCCUGGAACAAACCACUCCCAAGUCUCAGAAGCAUGAUCCUCCUUGUCCUCUAUGUGCUGGAGGUUUUAAGUUCUCUUCAUUCUCCGAUUCAAAUAAUUCUUUUUCAGUCAAUCAAUUACAACCCAUUUCUAUUCCAGCUAAUGAAUUUCCAAUGUUCAGGAUAACUGCUGAUAAUGGCAGCUCCCGUGGAAAUCAAAAUUAUUUUCAAUCAGAACAUAUCAUAGAUGGGGAAGGUAAAAAGUGGGGUAUGCAAAUGCCUCCGCAGAGUAGCAAAUCCUUUUUAAGCAAGACCCACUUGAGGAAACACUUUUCAUUUAAAGGCAAAUCAGUAAAAGAAUGGCCAGCUGUUGAACAUGGUCCAAAGGGUGCCGGUGGUCCGGUACAAGUUUAUCCUGAUCAGGUUCCAGUUGGGUGUUCAAGGAGAGGUCAAUACUUGAGAAAUCGCAGGGACACUCCAGUUCUAAAAUACCAUCGGUAGUCAUGUAUUCAACCCUUCAGCCUAUGUUUCCAUAAGCAUAGUUAUUAUAAGGAGGAUGGAAAUUCUUAGGAAAAUCAUGAAUCUGGAUUAAGAUUUUGCAGUUUGAUUUAAAGGAUAUGAUUAAAGGUAUCAGACCUGUGUUUCAUGUCUGAUAUAGGCCGACUUUGUCUUUUCAAGCACAGCUGUUUGUGCUUUUUACAAUGAUUGGUUGGUAGUUUUGACCUCCACUAUUACCAGAAAGGCUUUAUCAGAGUAUGCUUAUGGCCUGUUCGGUAUGGUCUUAAGACUUACUAUUUUGUAGGAUCUCUGGAUAGAUUCCAGGGAGUGUACUUUGAUUGAUCAGUCAAUUGCUUAUGCCAGACAUUUUUGUAAUGGCCCUGAAAUGGACUACAGAGAGUGUAUAAUGGAUAAUCACAUCAAUGUUUGUGAAAAAGGAAUUUGAGAUAUAUCUGAUGUAUACUAUUAUACCGUGAUUUGUAUGUUUGGGUUCUGAGUCCUAUUAAGUUUCAAGACGGAUUUCAAGAGCAAUCAUAUGAAACUUUUCUUAUGAAAUGAAAGGCCAAAGACAUCUUUCAAGUCUGGACA